AUUUGCGCCAACUCACCUACAUCACACAUCAUGGCGCACCAAGCAGAUGCUACGCGCAUGCUCGACGACCGCGGCUACACCGGCACCCUGAUCCGCGGUCAAAACCCGCUCCUCCUCUUCGAAAAAGCCGUCCGCGAUCGCAUCAUCGACUCGUACUACUGGAAAGAACAAUGCUUUGGUCUCAAUGCCGCCACCCUCUGCGAUCGCGCAGUCGAACUGUCCUUUAUCGGUGGAACGUACGGCAUCGGUCAAAAACCCACACCAUUCCUCUGCUUGGCUUUCAAACUGCUACAACUCACACCCGAAAAAGAGAUUAUACUGCAUUACCUGCAACAAGAAGAGUGGAAAUACCUCAGAGCAUUGGCGGCUUUUUACAUUCGCUUGACUUGGGAGCCAAAGGACAUUUAUGAGACGUUGGAACAAUAUCUCGGUGAUUACAGGAAGCUGAAGAGAAGGACGAGGGAUGCAUACUCGUUGAGCUACGUCGAUCAAUUCGUCGAUGAUUUGCUCACAAAAGACCGUAUUUGCGCAACCUCGCUAUGGAAAAUGCCGACUCGUACACAAUUGGAAGACCUCGAUGUGCUGGAGCCGCGUAUCAGUCCGCUAGGAGAUGAGAUUGAAGACUUGGACAGAGACGAUGACGAAGAUAUGAGAGACGGAAGUGAUGACGAAAUUCAACAAGUCAGGAAUGGCGACAGCCAAUCACCGAGUAGAAGCUAUGAUAGCAGGAGUCGAAGCCGCAGCUAUGAGAGACGAAGAAGCAGGAGCAGGAGUCAUGACCGUUACGAUAGGCGAAGCAGGAGUGGGAGCUAUGGGAGAAGGAAGAGCUACAGUCGCGAUCGCGAAGGUGGAAGGCGAAGCCACAGCAGGGAGCUGCCUGACCGGAGGACAAGUCCGUCAUUGAAGUCAAGAUCACGUUCGAGAGGUUGAAGCCAUGGACAAGAUAUCUUGACCCUGACGGUCGCAAUAUCUGAUCUGAGAACUGUACCGCCUUGAGCUGCUUCUUUCAUCGACCGCGUCUUUGUACACGUGUCCGAUGUCCAGCUUCAUGUACGCAGCUCAGACUUCCGGGACUUUCGAUUCUAGAAUGAGAUUGCACACAGCAGCCCGAAUUCGACAUGCCACAUCUCGACACUGCCAGAAACUAUGGUCAGAUCUAUGUAGUCUCCGGGAGGAACACACUCGGCUGACACACAUCACCACCACAUCCUGGGUACAUGUAGCAUGUCUUUAUACACAAAUGGACACUACUCAAAACAGCGGAAAGUUAUUUGCUAGAUGGACAGCAGCCAACGAUUUGGAAGCCGCUCAAAUGUUGUCCGAUAGUGUGUUGUAUAUAUCCAUUCCAUACAAGCGAAGUCAAUCUUCUUCCAACACCAA